AUGACGAGUGCUGUUUCUCUCUUUUGUGCUCUCACCUUGUGCAGCCAAGUCCAUUCAAUAACUGAUGUGGAAACACCACCACCUGCACCUGCACCUCCAAGUUCAAAUCAAACUGCUGUACGUCUGCGAGAUGGAACGACAGCAGAAAACGGGCGAGUUGAAGUCUACAUCAAUGGAUUGUGGGGCACCGUCUGUGACGACGAAUGGGACAUGCUCGAUGCAGCAGUCGUGUGUCGGCAGCUCGGCUUCGGUACAGCAGUGAUGGCAGUCUCGAGCGGCCGAUAUGGUUCGGUCGACAACGACGUUCCGAUUUUGAUGGACAACGUCGCCUGUAACGGACACGAAGACACAAUACAGGAGUGCACACACGUGACAGAAAGUGAUGCAAACUGUGCACACAGUGAAGACGCUGGAGUCGUUUGCUAUCCUUCGACAAACGUGACCUUCAACGUGACGGUCAGAUUGCGAGGAGGAACGGUUGAGAACGCCGGACGCGUGGAAGUUUUCCACGGUGGGAUGUGGGGCACUGUCUGCGACAACGGUUGGGAUCUUGUGGAUGCUAGGGUGGUGUGUCGUCAGCUCGGGUUUUCUGACGCAAUCCUCAGUUUAACAGGAAGCUCUUUUGGAGAAGGAAACGGCAGCAUAUGGAUGGACAAUGUUGAGUGUUCAGGAGUUGAACCCAGGCUUGAAUACUGCUUUUUCUCAGGAUGGGGAGACAAUAGUUGCGACCAUACGGAAGAGUCAGGAGUUAUUUGCACUGCUGUGCGUCUGCGAGAUGGAACGACAGCAGAAAACGGGCGAGUUGAAGUCUACAGCAAUGGAUUGUGGGGUACCGUCUGUGACGACAAAUGGGACAGGCUCGAUGCAGCAGUCGUGUGUCGCCAGCUCGGCUUUGCUACAGCAGUGAUGGCAGUCUCGAACGGCCGAUAUGGUUCGGUCAACGACGACGUUCCGAUUUGGAUGGACGACGUCGCCUGUAAAGGACACGAAGACACAAUACAGGAUUGCACCCACGUGACAGCAAGUGAUGCAAACUGUGCACACAGUCAAGACGCUGGAGUCGUUUGCUGUAGGUUUGAGUGA